CAACCAAUUCUCACUGCUUUCUUUGUUCAUCGUCUCUUUCUUUUGCUCUUUCAUCUUCUUUUCAGCUUCGUUUGAAGUGUUGGAAAAAAUGGCUGAGCGUUGCAAACAAGUGCUUAAGAGUUUCGUGCAGUCCAUGUACGACGAGGGAAUAUUGGACCUCCAAUUUGCUCAGCUUCAAGCAUUGCAGGAUGAAAGCAAUCCUUCCUUUGUAACUGAUGUGAUCAAGUUGUUCAUCCAGGACGCUGGAAAGAUCAUUAUGGAAUUGAACAGAUAUCUGAGUGCACGAGUGGUUGAUUUCCAAGGGAUGUUCUCAUAUGUUCACCAGCUCAAAGGGAGCAGCUCAAGUAUUGGGGCUCAGCUCGUCAGAGACGCCUGCGAUGAACUUCGCCAAGCUUGUGAUGCCAAUUAUAAGGAGGGGUGUAUCCGGGCUCUAAACAAGAUCAAUAAUGAAUACCAGCGUUUGCGAGCUAAAUUCCACACCAUUAUUCAGCUGGAGGAAACAAUACUUUCCUAUAGUGGUCGAGGGCGGUAGAGACUGAACUGGUGUUCUUUUGCACCACCCUUUAUCAAUGAAGUACUAGAGAAUCAGGUCACUGGUUGUUUCUCUAAAGUUAUAUGCUUAGUAUGAUGUAAAUAAUUUGUUUCCAACUAUUAUGAUUUUUAAAGGAAUUAGAUGGCGUAUGUAAAUUUGGACAAAGGAAGAUGGUUUCUGU